AUGCGCUCGUUUGAAUGGGCGGCCCUUGCUUUGGGGGCUGUUGUGUCGGGGGUAAAGGCGCUGUCGCCUGAAGGGCUAAUUGCAGCUCCGAGGCGUGGGGAGGCACUCCCUAAUCCUUCAGGAGAGGUAGCUUUGUUCUCAUCCUCAGAGUACUCGUGGGAGACACAUAAAACUUCGUCGACGUGGAACUUGAUCGAUCUCGACAGUGGAAAGAUCACAGUGCUCACGAAUGACAGCAACGUCUCCGAGCUGAUCUGGCUGGGUACCGAUAAUUCAGGGCUGUUGUACAUCAACGGCACUAACGCUGAUAUCCCUGGUGGUGUCGAGCUGUGGGUAUCUGACACAGCCAGUUUUGAGAAGUCUCGCUACAAGGCAGCAUCUCUCCCUGCUCCAUUCUCGGGUCUUAAGACUGCGCUUACCAAGGGAGGCGACAUCAACUUCCUAGUUUAUGCUCAAUCCUAUGGAAAUGGAACUGCGUACAAUGAGGAGCUGGCGACUGCGCCGCUCAGCACUGCUCGCAUCUACGACAGCAUCUACGUUCGCCAUUGGGAUACCUGGUUGACCACUACUUUCAAUGCUGUCUUCUCUGGUACCCUGAAGAAGAAAAAGGACGGACAGUGGGCCAACUCCCGCUAUAGCUCUGACGAGCCGCUCAAGAAUCUCGUUGCUGGUGUCAAGAAUUUGGAAUCACCGUACCCUCCUUUCGGUGACUCCUCUGAUUACGACCUUUCUGCAGACGGAAAGUGGGUUGCUUUCAAGAGCAAAGCUCCUGAACUGCCACGAGCCAAUCACACCGCAUCUUAUAUCUACCUCGUUCCGCAUGAUGGUUCCAAGAAGCCAGAGGCAAUCAACGGCCCAGACAGCCCCGGUACUCCCGAUGGCAUCAAGGGCGACUCCAGCAGCCCAUCUUUCUCGCCGGAUAGUAAACGAAUUGCAUACUUCCAGAUGAAGAAUAUUGCAUAUGAGUCCGAUCGCCGUGUGCUCUACGUCUACACUAUUGGCUCUAAGAAGACUAUUCCUGCCUUGGCUAAAGAUUGGGACCGCUCUCCGGAUUCAGUCAAGUGGGCCGCCGAUGGCAAGAAUCUCAUCGUCAAUGCUGAGGAUCACGCGCGUGGCCGUCUCUUCUUCCUUCCUGCCGAUGCUGGUGAUGACUACAAGCCGAAGAACUUCACCAGCACCGGCUCCGUCAAGGGCUUCCGUCACCUCCCUAAUGGUGAUCUCUUGAUCACCGGCUCGGCUAUCUGGACUAGCUGGACUGUGUACACUGCGAACCCCAAGCACGGUGUUGUUUCCACGCUCAUCUCUGCCAAUGAGGUUGAUCCUGCUUUGAAGGGAUUGGGUCCUGCUGAUUUGGAUGAGUUCUACUAUGAAGGAAACUGGACAAAAAUUCACUCCUGGCUUAUCUAUCCUGCCAACUUUGACAAGUCCAAGAAAUACCCACUGGUCUUCUAUGUCCACGGCGGACCCCAGGGCUCGUGGGCUGACUCUUGGAGUACACGGUGGAAUCCGAAGGUCUGGGCAGACCAAGGCUAUGUCGUUGUUGCACCCAACCCGACUGGUAGUACUGGCUUUGGACAAGAGUUGACCGAUGCUAUCACAAACAACUGGGGUAGCUAUCCCUACGAUGAUCUGGUCAAGGCCUGGGAGUACGUCCGAGACAACUUUGAUUUCAUUGACACGGAUAAUGGUGUUGCUGCGGGUGCCAGUUAUGGAGGUUUCAUGAUGAACUGGAUCCAAGGUAACCCGCUUGGACGGGAGUUCAAAGCCAUUGUCACCCACGAUGGAACCUUUGUUGCGGAUGCCAAGAUUUCCACUGAAGAGCUCUGGUUCACCGAGCAUGAUUUCAACGGCACCUUCUGGGCUAAUCGAGACAACUACCGCCGUUGGGAUCCCUCCGCUCCAGAGCAUAUUCUGCAGUUCAGCACCCCUACCUUGGUCAUUCACAGCACAAAAGACUAUCGCCUUGCUGAAUCCGAGGGUCUGAGUCUGUUCAAUGUCCUUCAGGAGCGCGGUGUUCCCAGUCGCCUGCUGAACUUCCCCGAUGAAAACCAUUGGGUCACGAACAAGGAGAACAGUCUGGUGUGGCAUCAACAAGUCCUGGGUUGGAUCAACAAGUACUCUGGCGUUGGAGCUAAGAACCCCGACGCCGUCAGCCUAGAUGACACUACGAUUCCAGUGGUUAACUACAAUCCUUGA